ACUUCGAAGAAGGAAAAAUUAAAGAUGGCAGCCGAUGAGAUGAUGAGUGAAAACAAGGAGGUGAAUUUACUGCUGGAAGGUCCUGAGCCAGGGGAAGUGCAUGGGACAUUAUUGGGAAGAGCCAGAGAGAACUUUAGCCAGAGCUGUGAGCAUAAGAAAGCCUGUGGAAAUCAGGGCCAGUCAGAGAGACAGCUGGAGAACCAGCCAGAGAAAGAAGUGGGUAGGUUUAAUGUGGUGGAGGAUGCAAGGAACUCAGCAAAACAACAGCCCAGCAGAGAAGCAACAUGGGAAAGAGAAAAAAACACAUGUGCCGAGUGUGGGAAAAGCUUCAGUCGGCGCUUUCACCUUAUUUCCCAUAGAAGAAUCCACAUGGGUGAGAAACCCUAUAAAUGCCUGGUCUGUGGGAAAAGCUUCAAUCAGAGCUCAAACCUUAUUUCACACAGAAGAAUCCACACAGGAGAGAAGCCAUAUAAAUGCCUCAUCUGUGAGAAAAGCUUCAUUCAGAGCUCACAACUGAAUAGACAUGAGAGAACGCACACGGGAGAGAAACCCUAUAAAUGCGUUGAGUGCGGGAAAAGCUUCAUUCAGAGGUCGGAUCUUCUUUCCCAUCAGAGAAGCCACACGGGAGACAGACCCUACAAAUGCCCUGUCUGUGGGGAAAGUUUUGAUCGGAGAACACAGCUUAUUAUCCAUCAGAGAAUCCAUUCUGGAGAGAAACCUUACAAAUGCCUCAUCUGUUGGAAAAGCUUCAAUCAGAGCUCCAACCUCAUUUCACACCAGAGAAUCCAUACGGGAGAGAGACCGUAUAAAUGCUCUGACUGUGGGAAAAGAUUCAGUUGGAGUUCGCACCUUAUGCGACACAAGAGGAGAUAA